GAACCGGGCGGUGGCGGGGACGCGGGGCAGGGCAGCGCACAGCAUGAACGACUGGGCUGGGCGGUCCGCCAUGGUCACUUCCCAGUCUCGAGUGACACGGCAUCAUGAUGCGUGCCCUACUCAGCGGGGAUGCAUGCGCGUGCGUGGUUAACAAACUCCAUUGGUCGUCUCGUCACCUAUAUAAAGCUCGCACGAGGCACGGCCGGUUUCACUACACCAGGGCACGACGUGCGUUGCGUCGUGAGUGUUUGUGUUUCAGAGCUGAGAGUCUGAGACUGAGAGAGAUAGAGGUGAUGAUGGCUCUGCAGGCGCAGGGGACGCGGGUGCCGCUGGUCCUGGCGCUCUUCCUCCUCCUGGCCGGUUGCGGCAGCGAGGCGCAGCCGCUGGUGCCGGCGCUGUUUACGUUCGGUGACUCGUCGGUGGACGUCGGGAACAACGACUACCUCCACACCAUCAUCAAGGCCAACUUCCCGCCAUACGGCAGGGACUUCGCCAACCACGUCGCCACCGGGAGGUUCUGCAAUGGCAAGCUGGCGACCGACAUCACCGCCGACACGCUGGGGUUCACUACCUACCCUGCCGCGUACCUCAGCCCACAGGCGUCGGGGCAGAACCUCCUCAUCGGCGCCAACUUCGCGUCCGCGGGGUCUGGGUACUACGACCACACGGCACUUAUGUAUCACGCGAUCCCGCUGUCCCAGCAGCUGGAGUACUUCAGGGAGUACCAGACGAAGCUGGCGGCGGUGGCCGGCGCCGGGCAGGCGCGCUCCAUCCUCAGCGGCGCGCUGUACAUCGUCAGUGCCGGCGCCAGCGACUUCGUGCAGAACUACUACAUAAACCCGCUGCUGUUCAAGACGCAGACGGCCGACCAGUUCUCCGACCGCCUCGUGGCCAUCUUCGGCCGCACCGUGCAGGAGCUCUACGGCAUGGGGGCGCGCCGCGUCGGCGUCACGUCGCUGCCGCCGCUGGGCUGCCUGCCGGCGUCCAUCACGCUGUUCGGGCACGGCGCCGCCGGGUGCGUGUCCAGGCUCAACAGCGACGCGCAGAGCUUCAACCGGAAGAUGAACGGCACCGUGGACGCGCUGGCGCGGCGGUACCCGGACCUCAAGAUCGCCGUCUUCGACAUCUACACGCCGCUGUACGACCUGGCCACGGACCCCCAGUCGCAGGGCUUCGCGGAGGCCCGGCGGGGAUGCUGCGGGACGGGCACGGUGGAGACCACCGUGCUCCUCUGCAACCCCAAGUCCGUCGGGACGUGCCCCAACGCCACGUCCUACGUCUUCUGGGACGCCGUCCACCCGUCCGAGGCGGCCAACCAGGUCAUCGCUGACUCGCUCAUCACCGAGGGCCUCAUCCUCGUCACGUAAUCAUGCUUUUGUUUUGGCUUCAAAUCGAUCAGACUACACAAAAGUCGUCGUUCCUAAACGUAUACUAUGCCUGUAAAUUUAUUCCUCUUGUUUUUCUUAUUUGCGUUGAUUAAUGUUUUCGGAAGUAUAAGCAACAACAUGAAUGAAUGAAUGAAUGAAUGAAUGGACUCCUAUUGUUGUCAA